AUGAAUGCCGCUGUUGGAUCCUGCCGGGCUUUCCUCGCAGCGGUUUUCCAUGGUCUCCACACGAGUCUGGGAUCAGCGGACAUUCGGUUCCGCGCAUCCCCGUGCUCGGGGCUGACCACCGGUGGGCAGGGCCUGCUGCGGCCACAGUGCCAGCCUCAGGAAGCCAGCAGCCGGAGCCCUUCCCGAGACUCACCAGACACCCCAGCAGUCCCCGUCAGGGCGCUGCCGGCCAGCACUUCUCACGUGAAAGAGCCCCCGCCUCCCCCCGCAGAGGCCCGACAGGGCCCUCAAGCGGAAGAGCGUUUCAAAGCACAAAGGCCGGCGGGCAUACCAGCCGCCCGGGGCGCACGCCGAGACCCCCGGUGA